UACCGUAUGCAGCUACCAGACACAUCGGAGCUCGAAUUUCACUACCGAGCUUCAUCUGUGGCCAGGCAUUCAGCGCCGUAGGUUUCAUGCAUCGUGACACGCCGGAGAGGAAUAUCCUGAAUCGCAAGAUACGGAGGUCGCGGACAGAAAGGACCUACUGAAGGAUUGUGACAGCAGUGCCAGGAAGCUUGUUGUCAAAGCGACUCAGAUGAGUAGCAGACGGAGCUGAAUAGACAGGAGGACAAGAUGGGUAUUCGAAUAACAUACCAAGCGGCUGCUGCCUCGGGGAACGGCCUCCGCAGGAAGCUUUCCAAAUCCCGGUCUUCUCCGCAUGAAACGGGGCGUCAGUCCUCGACGCCCUGUUUGCCCAGAACUUGGCUUAGCGGCAUCCAAAAGUCUUCAUCAGCCUGAGCCAUCGUCGCACCUUUUCGCCGCAUGCCACACGGAGGCAGGUGUGAAACGACAACUCGAAGCCAAAGAAGUUCUAGAACCUUGUCUGGAAGCCGGGCCCUCUGACAUGGGGAGACAUGCGCGGAAGAAGCCAGCCAAGUCCCCCCAGAUUGCAUCGUAUAUCCCAGAUUCCAAUUCAGAACCCCAUGCCCGUGCGGAUUUUGGCCAUCUCCCGACAGACUGUAAAAUUAUGUCGGGUGCGAGCACUCACAAAUCGACGGCGAUCCUAGACUAUGGUUCCAGGCUGGAGGCUGCUGAUGUGAGUACUUCCUUCGUUUGGGUAUCGUCCCAUCUCCCAAUCCGGUCUGGACAUUCCACGAGGGUCGAUUGGCCAUUUGAAACCUCUAUCCGUAGUUAGGCCACCGUCUUUGCGUGUCCUUGAUGUGGCGCGGCGGAUAUGGAGGGACACGGAACUUGGGGAGCGAUCUAUCGACUGAACAUUCCCCGAUUUGGCAUGUCCCGGUCCGCUGCUUGCCCCCCUCCCUUUCCCCUCUUCUUGUACUUGUACCCAUGGAACGUGAUCGUUGCACUUGUCUGUCGCUGUCGCUCUCGUACCUAGAUGCUUUUGAAAGAAUCCGGGUUGCAACAAGGGAGUCACCUACCUUAGCUGGGGACAAUGACGGGAUGAGA